AUGAUAAAGAUGAAGGUUGUGUGUGCAAUGAUGAUUCUGGUAGUUGUUAUGGUUGAGAUGUUUUCCGUUGCUGAGGGUGGUUGUAACGCAAUACAAUUGAGUCCAUGUCUACCUGCAAUUAGGUCAAACUCUGCACCUUCUGCUACAUGUUGCAGCAGAUUGAAUGAUCAAAAGUCAUGCUUAUGCGGUUACCUCAAGAACCCAAUCUUGAAGCCAUAUGUUAACUCUCCUGGUUCAAGAAGAGUUGCUGAAGCUUGUGGUGUGGGAGUCCCAAAUUGUUGA